GUGGAGGACUUCCGUCCUCCUAAGAAGUCCACCGUCCUGCAGCAGCAGUUCAACAAGAUGGGCAAGGUGGAGACCGGCUCGGUUGCCCUGCCAGCCAUCAUGCGCUCUGGAGCCGGAGGUCCAGAGAGUUUCCAGAUGGGUUCCAUGCCCCAAGCCAAGCAGCACAUCACCAGCGGCCAGAUGCACAGGGGACACAUGCCUCCUCUGACGUCGGCACAGCAGGCCCUAACUGGAACCAUCAACUCCAGCAUGCAGGCCGUGCAGGCGGCCCAGGCCUCCCUGGAUGACUUUGAUACUCUGCCUCCGUUAGGAACAGAUCCUGCAUCCCAAGCCUGGCGCAAAAACAAGAUGGACGAGUCCAAGCAUGAGAUCCAUUCCCAGGUGGAUGCCAUCACAGCAGGCACAGCCUCCAUGGUCAACCUCACUGCAGGAGAUCCAGCUGAGACGGACUAUACGGCGGUGGGCUGUGCCGUCACCACCAUCUCCUCCAACCUGACGGAGAUGUCUAAAGGUGUGAAGCUCCUGGCAGCCCUCAUGGAGGAUGAAGGUGGAAACGGGCAGCAGCUGCUGGGUGCAGCCAAGAACCUGGCCGGCGCCGUUUCUGACAUGCUGAAGACGGCGCAGCCGGCUAAUACAGAGCCUCGUCAGAACCUGCUGCAGGCUGCAGGAAACGUUGGUCAGGCCAGUGGAGAGCUGCUGUCCCACAUCGGAGAGACGGACACAGAUCCACAGUUCCAGCUUCGGGGAGGAGGAUCUUACAGGGAUGCCAGAUGGAGAACUCCCACUGAAGUUCAGGACAUGUUGAUGCAGCUGGCCAAAGCCGUGGCGAACGCCGCAGCGGCGCUGGUGCUGAAAGCCAAGAACGUGGCCCAGAAGACGGAGGACUCGGCCCAGCAGAACCGCGUCAUCGCAGCGGCCACGCAGUGCGCCCUGUCCACGUCCCAGCUGGUCGCCUGCACCAGGGUGGUGGCUCCAACCAUCAGCUCCCCGGUCUGCCAGGAGCAGCUGAUCGAGGCUGGGAAGCUGGUGGCCAAGUCGGUGGAAGGCUGCGUGGAGGCGUCACAGAUGGCCACCAAUGAGGAGGGUCUGCUGAAGCAGGUGGGCCAGGCGGCCACGGGCGUCACCCAGGCGCUCAACGAGCUGCUGCAGCACAUCAAGCAGUACGCCAGCGGCGGCCAGCCCAUCGGGCGCCACGGAGAGGCCACCGACUGCAUUCUGGACGUCACUGAGAAGAUCUUCAACGCCAUGGGGAACGCAGGGGAGAUGGUGCGCCAGGCUCGUAUCCUCGCCCAGGCCACGUCUGAUCUGGUCAAUGCCAUCAAGAUGGACGCAGAGGGAGAGUCUGACCUGGAGAAUUCCCGCAAGCUUCUCUCCGCCGCCAAACUCCUGGCUGACGCCACCGCUAAGAUGGUGGAGGCCGCUAAGGGUGCGGCCGCCAACCCCGACAGCGAGGAGCAACAGCAGAAACUGCGAGAAGCUGCAGAAGGUCUGCGCAUGGCCACCAACGCCGCGGCGCAGAAUGCCAUAAAGAAGCGGCUCAUCAACAACCUGGAGAAUGCAGCCAAGCAGGCGGCAGCGGCCGCCACUCAGACCAUCGCUGCCGCCCAGCACGCCGCCUCCAGCAACAAGAACCAGGCUGCACAGCAGCAGCUGGUGCAGAGCUGCAAGGUGGCGGCAGAGCAGAUCCCUCAGCUGGUCCAAGGAGUCCGAGGCAGCCAGUCUCAGCCGGACAGCCCCAGCGCUCAGCUCGCCCUCAUCGGCGCCAGCCAGAACUUCCUGCAGCCGGGGGCUAAGAUGGUCACAGCGUGCAAAGCCACAGUUCCCACCAUCAACGACCAGGCGUCCGCCAUGCAGCUCAGCCAGUGCGCCAAGAACCUGGCCAGCGCCCUGGCAGAGCUCCGCACCGCCUCGCAGAAGGCGCAGGACGCGUGUGGUCAGCUGGAGAUCGACAACGCUCUGAACAUGGUCAGAGGCCUGGAGAAGGACAUCCAGGAGGCCAAGGCUUCUGCUCAAGCAGGCAAACUCAAGCCGCUGCCAGGAGAGACGCUGGAUAAAUGUUCGCAAGAACUGGGCACCAGCACCAAGGCCGUCACCUCCGGGAUCGCACAGCUGCUGAGCGAGGCCACCCAGGGAGAUGAGAACUACAUAGGCAUGUCGGCCAGAGAUAUAGCCCAGACCCUGAAGACCCUGGCCUCAGCGGCCAGAGGAGUCGCCGCCUCCACAGAGGACCCUGCAACACGCAGCGCUGUGCUGGACUGCGCUAGUGAUGUCAUGGACAAAUCGGCCAAUCUGAUGGAAGAAACCAAGAGGGCGAUUGCUAACCCGGGAGACCCGGAGAGUCAGCAGAGGCUGGCGCAGGUGGCCAAGGCCGUGUCCCAGGCUCUGAACAGAUGUGUGAACUCCCUACCCGGCCAGAGGGACGUGGACAACGCCAUCCGCUCCUUGGGCGAAGCCAGCAGAUCCCUACUGGCCAAUUCUUUCCCGUCCAGCGGACAAAGUUUCCAGGAAAUCCAGUCUCAGCUGAACGAGGUGGCGGCUGGCCUGAACCAGUCGGCCAACGAGGUGGUGCAGGCAUCCAGAGGGACCACCCAGGACCUGGCCAGGGCCACCAGCAAGUUUGGACAAGACUUCAGCAACUUCCUGGAGGCCGGCGUUGAUAUGGCAGGAACCUCUCAGUCCAAAGAGGACCAGACCCAGGUGGUGUCCAACCUGAAGACCAUUUCCAUGUCAUCAAGCAAACUGCUGCUGGCAGCCAAGGCCCUGUCCACUGACCCCAGCUCCCCCAACCUGAAGAACCAGCUGGCAGCAGCAGCUCGGGCGGUCACAGACAGCAUCAACCAGCUCAUCACCAUGUGCACCCAGCAGGCCCCGGGUCAGAAGGAGUGUGACAAUGCUCUCAGGGAGCUGGAGUCAGUCAAAGGGAUGCUGGCCAAUCCAACCGAGGCGGUUAAUGAGCAGUCCUUCUUCGAGUGCAUCGACAGCGUCAUGGAGAACUCCAAGGUUCUGGGCGAGUCCAUGGCAGGUAUUUCUCACAAUGCCAAGAACUCCAACCUUCCAGAGUUCGGGGAUUCUGUCAGCGCCGGAUCCAAAGCGCUGUGCGGUCUGACUGAAGCUGCUGCUCAGGCGGCGUACCUGGUGGGAGUUUCGGACCCUACCAGCGUAGCGGGUCAGAAAGGUCUGGUGGAUCCCACUCAGUUUGCCCGGGCUAACCAGGCUAUCCAGAUGGCCUGUCAGAACCUGGUGGAUCCGGCCUGCACUCAGUCUCAGGUGCUGUCUGCAGCGACCAUCGUAGCCAAACACACCUCGGCGCUUUGCAACGCCUGCCGCCUGGCCUCCUCCAAGACCGCCAACCCCGUCGCCAAGAGGCAGUUUGUCCAGUCAGCCAAGGAGGUGGCCAACACCACCGCCAACCUGGUCAAGUCCAUCAAGGCCUUAGAUGGAGCCUUUAACCAGGAGAACCGGGAGAAGUGCAGGGCUGCUACUGGACCUCUGAUAGAAGCUGUGGACAACCUGACCGCCUUCGCCUCAAACCCAGAGUUUGCCAGCAUCCCGGCCCAGAUCAGCCCCGAGGGCCACGCAGCCAUGGAGCCCAUUUUAACCGCAGCCCAGAUGAUGCUGGAGAGCUCCACAGGCCUGAUCCAGACCGCCCGCUCCCUGGCAGUCAACCCUAAAGACCCCCCCAAGUGGUCUGUGUUGGCGGGCCACUCCAGAACCGUGUCCGACUCCAUUAAGAAGCUGAUCACCAACAUGAGAGAAAAGGCUCCUGGUCAGAGAGAAUGUGACGAUGCCAUAGAGGUUCUGAACGGCUGCAUCCGUGAAGUGGACCAGGCGUCUCUGGCUGCCAUCAGCCAGCAGCUAACCCCCCGGGAUGACAUCUCCAUGGAGACCCUCCAUGAGCAGAUGGCCGUCUCUGUCCAUGAGAUCAGUAACCUGAUUGACCCUGUUGCCGUGGCAGCUCGAUCCGAGGCCUCCCAGCUUGGACACAAGGUCUCUCAGAUGGCCACCUACUUUGAGCCCCUGAUCAUGGCUGCCAUCGGCACAGCCUCCAAGAUCCUGAGCAGCCAGCAGCAGAUGGCCGUCCUGGACCAGACCAAGACUCUGGCAGAGUCGGCUCUGCAGAUGCUCUACACGGCAAAGGAGGCUGGAGGAAACCCCAAGGCGGCUCACAUGCAGGGCGCUCUGGAGGAUUCGGUCCAGAUGAUGAAGGAAGCUGUAGACGACCUGGGCGCCACGCUGGCCGAAGCCGCCGGCGCUGCUGGUGCCGUGGGCGGCAUGGUCGAUUCCAUCAACGACGCCAUCAAUAAGAUGGAAGACGGGCCGGCAGACGAGCCGGAGGGCACCUUCGUGGAUUAUCAGACCACCAUGGUGAAGACGGCCAAGGCCAUCGCCGUUACAGUUCAGGAGAUGGUGACCAAGUCCAACACCAACCCAGAUGACCUCGGGGGGCUGGCCAACCAGCUGACCAAUAACUUUGGGAAUCUGGCAGAUGAGGCCAAAUAUGCGGCCCUCACUGCAGAGAACGACGAGAUCGGUUCUCACAUCAAGAAGCAGGUGGGCGAGCUGGGCUUCACCUGCACCGGGCUGGUGACCAAGGCCGGCGCCCUGCAGUGCAGCCCCAGCGACUCCUUCAUCAAGAAAGAGCUGAUUGAAAGCGCCCGCAAAGUUUCAGAGAAGGUGUCUCAUGUGCUGGCGUCCCUUCAAGCUGGUAACCGUGGCACCCAGGCGUGCAUAACGGCUGCCAGCGCCGUCUCUGGGAUCAUCGCCGACCUGGACACCACCAUCAUGUUUGCUACGGCGGGUACUCUGAACCGAGAGAACGCCGAGACGUUUGCUGACCACAGAGAGUGCAUCCUGAAGACGGCCAAGGCGCUGGUGGAGGACACCAAGCUGCUGGUCUCUGGCGCUGGAGCCAGUCAGGAGAAACUGGCUCAGGCUGCCCAGUCAUCAGUUUCCACCAUAACCAAACUGGCUGAUGUGGUCAAACUGGGAGCAGCCAGUCUAGGUUCAGAAGACCCUGAGACUCAGGUGGUCUUGAUCAAUGCAGUGAAGGACGUGGCCAAAGCUCUGGGUAACCUGAUUAGCGCCACCAAGGCGGCGGCCGGUAAACCUCACGACGACCCCAGCAUGCUGCAGCUGAAGAGCUCUGCUAAGGUGAUGGUGACCAACGUGACGUCCCUGCUGAAGACGGUGAAGGCGGUGGAGGACGAGGCCACCAAGGGAACCAGAGCUCUAGAAGCGACGAUCGAACACAUCAAGCAGGAGCUGACUGUGUUCUGCAGCUCCGAUCCGCCACCGAAGACCACCACGCCGGAGGAGUUCAUCCGUAUGACAAAGGGGAUCACCGUGGCAACAGCUAAGGCCGUGGCUGCUGGGAACUCCUGUCGCCAGGAGGACAUCAUCGCCACCGCUAACCUCAGCAGAAGAGCUAUUGCUGACAUGUUGCACUCCUGCAAGGAAGCUGCCUACCACCCAGAGGUCAGCAAGGACGUCCAGAUGCGCGCUCUACGCUAUGGCAACGAGUGUGCCUCUGGCUAUCUGGGACUGCUGGAACACGUCCUGCUGAUUAUCCAGAAGCCCACUCAUGACCUGAAGCAGCAGCUCGCCAACUUCUCCAAGCGGGUGGCCGGCAGCGUGACGGAGCUGAUCCAGGCAGCCGAGGCCAUGAAGGGCACGGAGUGGGUGGACCCCGAGGACCCCACUGUCAUCGCAGAGAACGAGCUGCUGGGAGCCGCGGCCGCCAUCGAAGCAGCUGCCAAGAAACUGGAGCAGCUGAGGCCGAGGACCAAACCCAAGGAGGCGGAUGAGAGUCUGAACUUUGAGGAGCAGAUUCUGGAGGCGGCCAAGUCCAUCGCAGCUGCUACCAGUGCUCUGGUGAAAGCAGCUUCAGCAGCUCAGAGGGAGCUGGUUGCUCAAGGGAAGGUGGGAGCAAUCCCAGCCAAUGCCGUGGAUGAUGGACAGUGGUCUCAGGGCCUGAUUUCCGCUGCCCGGAUGGUGGCGGCGGCCACCAACAACCUGUGCGAAGCGGCCAACUCGGCGGUGCAGGGACACGCCAGCGAGGAGAAGCUCAUCUCUUCAGCCAAGCAGGUGGCGGCCUCCACCGCUCAGCUGCUGGUGGCCUGUAAGGUCAAGGCGGACCAGGACUCUCAGACCAUGAAGAGGCUGCAGACUGCUGGAAACGCUGUGAAGAGAGCCUCUGACAACCUGGUGAAAGCAGCGCAGAAAGCAGCGUUCGAUGCCCAGGAUGACCAGGCAGUGGUGGUGAAGAGCAAGAUGGUGGGCGGCAUCGCUCAGAUCAUCGCUGCUCAGGAGGAGAUGCUGCGGAAGGAGAAGGAGCUGGAGGAGGCCCGCAACAGGCUGGCCAUGAUCCGGAAGCAGCAGUACAAGUUCCUCCCAUCGGAGCUGAGGGAGGACGGCCAGGAGCAGUGAGAGCGCGGCGGCCUCCCAUAGCCCCCAGGAUGGAACAUCAUGUUUGCUUCCAUGCAUCUAUGCAAAGUUUUUAAUCAGAUUUUUAUAUGUUUUGAUAUUUUAUAUAAAUAUAUUUCUGCCUCUUCUGUCUGAACGCGUCCAAAGAGUCCCGCUGACAGAACUUCCUGCUAGUUUCUCCUUUUCAGUAUUUUUUUUACUGUACAAAACUAAACUAUGAGAUAAAUGUCAGGAUUUUAUGGUUUAGGUGAAAAAAACCGACUGUUUUAAUCGGACCAGCUGAGAAUCAGUAUUUUAAAAGAAUAAAAUGUGUUGAACAGAUGUGAUCUAUGUAGAUCAGGACUGGAUGGAGCGCCUGGUUGAUCUGGAAGCCAUAUAUCUACGAUUCAGACCCGCCGGGGAUCGAUCCACUCCACCAGAACACAAGCACAGCCGGCCGGCGGUCUGAGCUCACUGAUGCUGUUCAAACUUUUUUACAACUUCCUGCUUCAAAGAUGGCCGCCCUUCCUGUCCAAGUAUUGGUGUCUGAAGCUGUUUUAUUAUUAAUGUAUAAUGAUGAAUCUCUGCUCAAUAAUGUGGUUUGGUUUCCUUAAACGCUCCGUGCAGGAAACCGUCAUUCAAACUGUUUCUGUGGACCAGGUUCUGACCCGUUCUGUCCCGGUCAGACAGAUUCCUGCACAUUAAAGCCUAUUUUCACUGAAA